CAACUUUGGGUUUUGAUUACCUUGACACACACCACACACAUCUUUUUCCAUAAUGCGAACAAAGCCAGCGUUUUCACUCUCUCGUAAGCUCCUCCGCAUGAGCUGGAACAAAUACAAUUUGUACAACGUCGCCACACGAGAGAAGGCGCCCAAUCUUGCAACGAAAACUCUUUUCCAGCAAAAGUGGAUUGCAAAGCGAGAAACGAGAGCAUACCACGGUGACGAAAUGACCGAAAAACAGUUCAAGAGAGUCUUCAACCCAAAGCUCCCCACUGUCAGUAACAUGUUCUCCACGGGGAAAGACAGCGAGCAUCCCCCAGUCGCUGUCCUUACUUUUGCCGAAUUGGAGAGACGUUUGGAUUUCAUUGUGUUUAGAAGCAACUUUGCUCCUAGCAUUGCCGCUGCCCGCCAACUUGUCAUUCAUGGAAAGGUCAACUUGAACGGAAAAAAGAUGCCAUAUCCCUCUCACCGGGCCAAGGAUGGCGACGUUAUUUCAGUCGACCCCAAUGCCAUUAGCACUCUCAAGGGUGAAGUAGGAACUGAAUUAGAUUUCACUCCUAAGCCUUUUUCACAACCUUUCUUGUUCGUCCCUGAAUAUCUUGAGGUCAACUACAAAACUUGUUCCUCGGUCUUUUUGAGAGCUCCCAUUUCCCGACCAGGACGCACUGAGAUCCCAUCACCAUUUCCCGCCGAGUUGCACGCUCUUGCAUACGAAUACUAUGCACGAUCCAAGUAAUCUCUCAUAUCCUCAUCACGCUACUCACCAGUUCGCUUGUUCAGUGACAGGCUAUUUGUAAUUGUAAAGAGGUGUUAAUUUUGUCUGUCAGCAUGUACAAAUCUAGAGAGACACCGAACAAAAUCAAUAAUAAAAAGAGAAUAUAAUGAAGUUUAU